AUUCAAAUAAAUCUACCAGAUCAGAUCCCAAUAUGAAUCCAAAUUUAGUAGUAUUUAUAAAUCAUGGAUCUGGAUCCAACCUGAACACCAGAUUCAGAUCAGAUCCGGCUCCUCAAAUCAGAUCUACAGAACACUAA